CGUCCCAAAGCUAAUAGGGUCCGCAUAGACAGGGCGUGAACCCCGUAGGCCGCAUUCAUAAUCGGAUAGCGCACGCUGUAGGUAGUGACACGCCAACGACGACAGCUAUAUCUGGAUAACUACAAGCACCCAAAACAGGUUGCAUCGCCUUGUUAAAAAUGGCCGGACGCGACAGGACCACGCCCUUUCUGGUACUGGCGGUGUUACUGCUUGAGGGAGCUGUUGAUGUUCUAUCCAACAAUGCAACGGGAGGUGGGAGAGCCAACAUCGAAUGUUACAAAGGAAAAGGCCUCUGUAUCACUGCGCAGGUAAAUCCCGGUGUUCAGGUGGUCAACGUGCCUGGACCCACAGGACCCCAGGGACCAGCAGGUCCAGGUGGACCCCCGGGACCGACCGGACUUCAAGGCGGCAACGGACCUAUGGGGGCAGCAGGACCCGUGGGUCCCCAGGGAUUGCCCGGGUUGCAGGGACAGAAGGGAGCCCAGGGAGAGAAGGGGAGUCAGGGUAGUGCUGGGGUGGCAGGACCCAUGGGACCCCAAGGUCUUCAAGGACCCGCGGGUGUUCAGGGUGUCGCCGGACCGGCCGGGCCGCAGGGUGCAACAGGCAGUCCAGGCCAGAAGGGAGAGGUUGGUCAGAAGGGUGAGCAGGGUCUUGUGGGACCUGCAGGAGCUCAAGGACCAGUUGGAGCCACGGGGAACAAGGGAGAGCAAGGAAACCCCGGACCACAAGGUCAAACUGGUAACCAAGGUCCAGCCGGUCCCGAAGGUGCAACGGGCCCUCAAGGACCCACCGGAUUCGGCCAGACCGGACCAGCUGGCCAGACAGGCGCCAGUGGACAGACCGGAUUGCAGGGAGUUCAAGGAAACGCAGGACCCCCAGGGCCAACAGGCGCCAAGGGAGAGCGCGGUGUGCAGGGUAUAGCUGGGGCAGUGGGCUCAGCGGGUAGCAAGGGUGGCAAGGGUGAGCCCGGUCCUCAAGGAGCCAUGGGCCUGCAGGGUCCAGCUGGUAAUGCCGGCGUCACUGGAGCCGAUGGACCUAAGGGAGAGCAAGGCGCACAGGGACCUAUAGGUAUCCCAGGUCAAAAGGGAGACGUCGGCCCCGUGGGUUCCAAAGGAGAAGCAGGAUUCAAGGGCAAUAAAGGGGACCAGGGGGCAGUGGGACCACAGGGUAGCGUGGGUCCGGGUGGUCCAACAGGACAGACAGGUGGCACAGGUCAAACAGGCCCUGCUGGUUCAGUCGGAGCGAAGGGCGACAAAGGCAAUGCAGGGAGCAACGGGAUUAACGGUGCCCAGGGACAGAAGGGAGAGGUCGGGACCGCUGGAGCAGCUGGACCUAACGGAGCUCCGGGCGCUAUUGGCCCUCAGGGAAUAACCGGAGCCCAGGGAUCUAAAGGUGAACCUGGAGCUACUGGACAAAAAGGCGUCCAAGGCAUUGCUGGACCAGAAGGACCCAUCGGUUUGCAGGGAAUACAGGGUAACGCGGGUGCCAAGGGCCAGAAAGGAGACCAAGGUGUAGGAGCCCCAGGUGCCCAGGGUGGCCCAGGUGCUACAGGGGCCCAAGGAACCCAAGGGCCGGCCGGAUCCAAAGGCGAGCCUGGUAGCCAAGGGGCGAGAGGAGACACCGGUCUUCAAGGCGUCCAGGGUGUGCGGGGACAGACUGGAGACACGGGGCCGGCUGGACCCCAGGGAGAAAAAGGGGCCCAGGGGGUCCAGGGUCAGCAGGGUAUUCAGGGGAUCCAGGGCCAAGUCGGGCCAGGUGGCCCCGCUGGUGCUGCCGGGCCGCAAGGACAGAAGGGUGAGGCCGGGGCCCCAGGCCAAAAGGGCGAUGCUGGUAGCACUGGUAAUACCGGUGCCGCUGGGGCUCAGGGAGCUAAAGGAGACGUGGGCCCCCAGGGUGCUGCCGGUGCCCAGGGAUCAGUUGGACCACAAGGUUCAAAGGGCGACAGAGGCGCGGCCGGAGCCAAUGGUCAAAAGGGAGAGCAGGGCAUUCAGGGUGCAGCAGGUCCAGAGGGUCAACGUGGUCAAACUGGAAACACUGGAGCUGUUGGUCAGACAGGGAGCCCUGGUGCCACCGGUUCCCCUGGGUCACAGGGCCCAGCUGGUGCCAAAGGCGACCAGGGAAGUGCAGGUGCAAAUGGCGCCCAGGGUGCCAAGGGAGAACAAGGAGCCAGGGGUAUUCAGGGUGUACAGGGUUUGGUCGGCCAGACAGGUGCCCCUGGGCCUGCUGGAGUGACUGGAGCUAAUGGAGCAACUGGGGCCCCCGGUCCUCAAGGUCCCCGUGGCGUGGCCGGACCCCAGGGUGUGGCCGGACCCCAGGGCGUCCAAGGAGAUCAGGGCCAGAAGGGAGAGCGUGGUGAAACUGGGGUCGGCAUAAAAGGUGAUGCCGGUAGCCCCGGAGCAACAGGGGCCAUGGGUCCGGCAGGGCCUAAGGGAGAAAACGGGAUACAGGGCCAGAAGGGAGAUCAAGGAGCCGUGGGUCUGCAGGGCCCGCCCGGUGCCACGGGGUCCACGGGUAAUACUGGGCAGCGCGGACCUCAGGGAGACGCUGGUAUUCCAGGCUCGCAAGGACCACAGGGAGUUACUGGACAGACGGGUCAAACUGGACCUACUGGCAGUCAAGGAGUCGCCGGGCAGAAGGGACAGAAAGGCGAGAUAGGAGUAACGGGCGGUCAGGGUUCACAGGGCCCAACAGGGUCAUUGGGGCCAACCGGGCCACAGGGGCCACAAGGAGUCAAAGGAGAACAGGGCCAACAGGGCCCCGUGGGAGCGACUGGAGUCCAAGGUAUCGCUGGUCUCACUGGACCAGCCGGUCAGACUGGACCAACUGGACAGACCGGUAUCUCUGGAAUCACAGGUGCCGCUGGUGCAAACGGUCGUCAAGGAGACACUGGAAUGCCAGGUGCUUCCGGUCAACCCGGCGUUCAGGGAAUUACAGGAGACACUGGACCUACUGGACCAUCUGGAUCCUUGGGCCCCCAGGGUCCACCUGGACCCCCGGGACCACCAGGAGGACCCCCGGGACCCCCCGGACCACCUGGACAGGCAUCUCCCUACGCCAUCAAUGAAUGUCUGGACAACAAUGGCAACUGUUCCCAUAUCUGCGUGGACAUAUACGACGGCUACUGCUGCCUCUGUGAGACUGGCUUCAAACUGGUUCCUCUCACCAUACCAGGAUGCACCAUUGAAAAUGUCAACUGCAUACAUACCUUGGAUGCUGGUAUCCAGUGCAUCUGUCAUAUAAACGGCGUGGCUGUAUCUGUAAACGGAACCGACUGUGCCAAUGACAACGAGUGUAACACGAAUAACGGCGGGUGCCACCAUAACUGCACUGACACCGUUGGAAGUUACAUAUGCACGUGUCGUACAGGAUUCACUCUGGCCGACGACGGACACAGUUGCCUAGACGAAGACGAAUGUGCUACUUCAAGUCCGUGCUCUGCUGGACAAACGUGUCUCAAUACGUAUGGAAGCUAUCGCUGCAUUGGAACACCCGUUGGAAGACGGCGGCGUAGCAUUGAUGAUGACGAACACGAAAAUUUCGCCCUGGAAAUCCCAGGACAUCAAGGCUUGGGCACCGAUGCGCUGACAGUUUGGAUCGCCUUAGUAACCGGUGCCGUCAUCCUACACAUUAUUGGAAAUUUCGCCCUGUGUCUCACAAAGCGAAGAGACCCGGAUGUGGUCAAAGCUGGUAUAUAGACAUUAAUGCCCGCUGGUGUGCCGUUGAACGAAACGGCAAGAACGUUGACUACGAAGAAAGAACUGUUUUCUAACUGCAUAAUCUCUACUAGAAACUGUUUAAAGAUAAUAGUUUUUAAACUAAGGGAUCGACUUUGUACAUGUAGUUAGAGAAAAGCAGUUUAAAGUCAAGGUAGUAGGUAGAACAGAUUUUGUUAUGCAUAAUGUUUGUGAUCAAUUGUAUUACAUUAUUGUCGAUGUUUUUCAGAAUUUUAAAUGAUGUUGGCAGCAUUAGUUAAUGAGAUAAUCUGAAUUAAUCUCAGUUUACUGUCGGAUAAAAUGGGACAUUUCCCCGUUUUGUUACAUGCUGAAAGAUCUUGCACCAAAGACGUACAUGUAGCUGAAAAUUGGUAUUUGCACUUACACGCCAUUUUCUUUAGACAUAUGAAAAUACAUCCUGAUUUGUGUUAGUUUUCUUGUGUCCAAGGUCGGUAAAAUACAAAGUUAAAAAGUCUGAUUUCUACACAAUUUUUCCUGAACUCUGCAUCUCAAGAAACUAUUAAAUGCAUGUACAUGUAGGCUUUUAUAGCAUUUAUAUUUCCUAAUUAGGCUACAUCGUAUGAACUUGAAUGUAAGAUAAUUAUGUAAAUUUUGUCCAUUUUUACUUUUCUUAAUUGUACGCAAAUAUUAAACACCGUAUCAAGAGUACUUCUUUUU